UAUAAGAACAUCAACACAAUAUUUACAAUACGUGUCGCUAUAUUAAAUAUCCUAUAAUUUAAUUUAAAAUUGUUACUUAACAUUUAAUUCAUGUAAAAUGCUUAAAGCAGUUAUUCUUGUUGGUGGGCCACAAAAAGGAACCCGGUUUCGUCCUCUUUCAUUAGAUAGCCCAAAACCAUUAUUUCCAGUGGCUGGUCGUCCUAUUAUUCAACACCAUAUUGAAGCAUGUAUGCAAGUAAAAGAUUUAAAAGAAAUUCUUAUAAUUGGUUUUUAUCCAAUAAAUCAAAUGGAACAAUUUAUCAAUGAAAUGCAGAAUUUGCACAAUAUUAACAUUAGAUAUCUGCAAGAAUUUACACCUUUGGGAACGGCAGGUGGAAUGUAUCAUUUUAGGGAUCAAAUUAGGACCGGGAAUCCAAAGGCUUUUUUUGUUCUCAAUGGAGAUGUUUGUGCAGAUUUUCCUUUGCAAUCAUUAUAUGAUUUUCAUACGACUCGAUCAAAUGCAAUGAUAUCAAUCAUGAGCACUGAAGCAACGAGGCAACAGUCAGUGAACUAUGGGUGCUUAGUUUUUGCAAGAGAUACUGGUUUAGUUUCGCACUACGUUGAAAAACCAAGUUCAUAUAUAUCAUCCUUCAUCAAUUGUGGAGUUUACGUUUGUUCCCUAGAUGUCUUUUCAACAAUAGCAACAAUUUUUAAUUCAAGGGAAUAUGAUUUUUUUAGCAAUGAAGUCAAUAAUGGUUGUAAUGGAAAAGAUCAAGGUCAUAUACUUUGGGAGCAAGAAAUUUUAACGCCUUUAGCAGGAACUGGAAAAUUAUUCACACUGCCAGUUACAACGUGGUGGUCUCAGUUAAAAACGGCAGGUGCAGCUAUAUAUGCAAAUCGUCAUUACUUAGUUACAGCAUUUAUUAGUGAACGGAAUUCGCAACUUUAUCGCAAAACACAUCCAGAGCGAUUAUCAAAAACUGGAAUUAAAACAGAACUUUCUGACGAAUCAUUGGUGUGCAACGUUAUACAAGACGUACAUAUACAUCCUACAGCAUCUGUUCACCCAACUGCCACCUUGGGUCCCAAUGUUUCGAUUGGAGCAGGUGUAACAAUUGGUCCAGGUGUUAGAAUAAAAGAAACGAUUGUGUUAGAUAAUGCAGUUAUUCAAGACCAUACAUUGGUGCUACAUAGUAUAGUUGGUCGUGGUUCAAUAAUUGGAUGUUGGGCGCGUGUUGAAGGAACUCCAAGUGAUCCUGAUCCAAAUAAACCAUUUGCAAAAAUGGAAAAUCCACCGUUAUUUAAUAAGGAAGGAAAACUCAAUCCUUCAAUUACUGUCCUAGGCGGAUUUGUCAAUGUACCAUCAGAAAAAAUUUUGUUAAAUUCAAUUGUCUUGCCACAUAAAGAAUUAAGUAGAAAUUUCAAAAAUGAAAUUAUUUUAUAAAUUUAUGUACAUACAUAUUCCAAAGAUGAAAUUUGUUGUUUUAAUUUUAAAAUUUCUUUUUAAAUAUUUGCCAUAUUAUUAGUAUUCUGUAAAAAAAUUUUUUUUAUUAAAUGGAAAACUUAAUUUUAAUUUUGGAUUUAGUAAUAAUGUAUUGCUAUCAUGUUUUUUUUUAUAAUUGGAUUUCGAAAAAAUAUUAAGAAUAAAAGGAAUUCUCUUGAUUU